AUCCUGCCUCUAUCAGCCACUAUCCUGCCUCUAUCAGCCACUAUCCUGCCUCUAUCAGCCACUAUCCUGCCUCUAUCAGCCACUAUCCUGCCUCUAUCAGCCACUAUCCUGCCUCUAUCAGCCACUAUCCUGCCUCUAUCAGCCACUAUCCUGCCUCUAUCAGCCACUAUCCUGCCUCUAUCAGCCACUAUCCUGCCUCUAUCAGCCACUAUCCUGCCUCUAUCAGCCACUAUCCUGCCUCUAUCAGCCACUAUCCUGCCUCUUCAAGACGCUUCGUCCUGA